AUGGUUGCAGGUGGUGGCACUCAAAAGAGACCUGCUGAUGACAUAAUGCACCAAGAGGAGCCUGCAAACACGGAUGCAAAAAAUGAUCACAUUGCCAUCUAUUUCAUCGACUCACCUCAACAAACAGAAAGAGGGGUUCUGGGUGACAAAACAAAUGGCCAAGAUUACUCCUUCCAGCAACACCUGGAAACACCGAGCUCACCACCCUGCUACUCCACGGACCACAUGCUCGGCGCUGACCAAAGAUACUACAACAGCAACAAUGGCUCCCCUUCUUCUUCUUCUUCUUCUUCUUCUUCGCAGCAGCAGCAGCAUGAACGCUCUUCUCACUCACCAAGAAGAAGGCAGUCCACAAGGCGACGCUUGGCAGCGGCGGUGCCGUUCGUGAGGAAGAUCGACUGGGGGUCCCUCUGGGGCAAGUCCAAGGAGUGGAUCAAGAACCCCAUGAACAUGGCCCUCUUCGUGUGGAUCGUCGCCGUGGGCAUCUCAGGCGCCAUCCUCUUCAUGGUGAUGACCGGGAUGCUCAACGCCGUGCUGCGGACCAAGUCGCAGAAGGACACAUGGUUCGAGGUCAACAACCAGAUCCUCAACGCGCUCUUCACCCUUAUGUGCCUCUACAACCACCCCAGGAGGUUCUACCACCUGGCGCUGCUGUGCCGGUGGAGAGCCACCGACAUGGCCGCGCUCCGGGAGGUCUACUGCAAGGGCGGCACCGUCAAGCCCAACGAGAGGAGGCACAUGAUGGUUGUGGUCUUGCUGCUCCACCUCAACUGCUUGGCGCAGUACGCGCUCUGCGGCCUCAACCUUGGGCUCCCCAGGAGCCGCCGGCCUCCGGUGGGCGUCGGCCUCACCGUGUCAGUCGCCAUCUGCGCGCCCGCGGUCGCCAGCAUGUACAACAACCUCAGCCCCCUGGGGAAAGACUACGAGGUCCAGGCCGCCGAUGACGAGGAGCAGGAGUCUUCUUCUUUGGGCUCGCGGCAGCGGCUCCAGCACAAGACCGUCGAGAGGAGGUACUCCUUCUCCCCCUCUCCGCCGCAGCGACAAGGAGAAAUGGGAGCUGUUGUCAUCGCCGUCGCUGCCGAAGAAGAUGGUAUGUCGCCGGAGUGGUCUGGUGGGCUGGUGGCGGACCUGUGGGAGGACAUCUCGCUGGCGUACCUGUCCCUGUUCUGCAGCUGCUGCGUGUUCGGGUGGAACGCCGGGCGUCUGGGGUUCGGCAACGCGUACGUGCAUGCGGCCACCUUCAUCCUGCUGUGCCUGGCGCCCUUCUUCAUCUUCACCCUGGCAGCCAUCAACAUCGACAACGAGGCGGCCAGGCUGGCGCUCAGCCUCGGCGGCACCCUGCUCUGCGUCCUGGGCCUGCUGUACGGCGGGUUCUGGAGGAUCCAGAUGCGCCGGAGGUUCGGGCUCCCUGGUAACGGCUUUUGCUGCGGCAGGCCUGACGUGACGGACUGCUUCCAGUGGCUGUGCUGCUGCCCCUGCGCCCUCGCCCAGGAGGUCAGAACCGCCGACGCCUACGACAUUGUGCACCACAGGAUGGUGUGUCGCCGCGACAGCCGCCGACCUGGAGACGGCGACGACCAUGAAGAAGAAGGUGCCAGCAGCAGCUCCCGGGUCCAGAUGCAGCAGCCACUGAGGUUUGCAGGUGUUUUUGCUUCAGAUACGAGUACGAGUACAAUACCACCUGCUGUGCCUGUUGGCAUACAGAAACAGUAAGUAUGAUGGAUGUAUGGUUAGAUGAGUAGGCUUAACUGUGGCUAGAUCUUUUUCACAACAAGCAAUCCAUUGUAAGUACGUACAUAGCAGAAGGAGGAUACAAGCAACUAUGCUAUUAAUAGAGUAUAUAUACCCUGUCAAUAUACUAGUAGUAUUCUGUUGUACUAGUUAUGAUCCAUUUUUCCCUGCUGAAUUUUGAGAAAUGA